AUGCAAGCGCACAUUCGAGUUCUUGACAAGUUGGAUAAUGAAUUCAAUACACUAGACCAACAAUAUUCACGUGGAGAACUACGGGUGUUUGGAAGUGACACAGAAAAGAUCUUUAAGGAACUUGAUGUAAUUCGCCAUAAGCAGAUUGAGAUUGCUGGGGAUCACAUUGCCAUUGAAUCCAUUGGAGACAUCUCCCAUCAGUCAUCACGUUCUAAAGAGGCAGAUGUUCAGGAUGACUACCAGCGAGAAGUCAAUAAUUUUAAUAAAAAGAGAAUUGCACUGAAUAAUCUUAUGAAAAAGCUUGAUGAUCUUAGGACUUCAAUGACUAAUUUUAGAGAAAUCUCUGAUUUGGAUGGAUAA